AGUACUUGGUAAGUGCCUGAUCUGUUGCACAGCGAGAAGUGGACCACGUUCCCAAGUCAGCGACUGAGAACUGAAAACUGAGAAGUAGCUACGCAGGUUUGAAGUCUUAACAAAUUGAGUCAACAAAGAGCAGUAAUUGUUUUAUUGCCCUUGCUGCUUUUAUUCCUUGGCGUUGUCCCAACAAAGAGGAAAAAAAAGAAGAUACUGAUCACUUGAAUCCGAAUCUGCGAAUCCCAGAACGUACUUGAACACAACAAUACCAUCUGCAUCUUCUUCUCUCCAUCCUUGCAUCGGUUAUUACUCUGCUUUGUUGAAUAUCGAUAAUUCCAAGAUCAAUCCAUUGAGUAUAGUAAAGAAAUGGCCGUGAUUGCUUCUGCUCCUGGAAAGGUUUUGAUGACUGGAGGUUAUCUAAUUUUGGAGAGGCCUAAUGCAGGGAUUGUCCUGAGCACAAAUGCACGAUUUUAUGCCAUAGUGAAGCCACUUUAUGAGGAAAUUAAACCUGAGAGUUGGGCUUGGGCAUGGACAGAUGUGAAAUUAACUUCUCCACAGAUGUCGAGAGAAACUAUAUACAAAUUGUCCCUCAAACAUUUAACUCUUCAGCCUGUGUCUUCAAGUGCCUCAAGAAACCCCUUUGUAGAACAUGCGGUCCAAUAUGCAGUGGCAGCAGCUCAUGCAAAAUGCAAAGACAAGACAGAUGCAUUACAAAAGAUACUUUUGCAAGGUCUUGAUAUUACGAUUCUAGGAUGCAAUGAGUUUUAUUCAUAUAGGAAUCAGAUCGAGUUGCAAGGUUUACCUUUGACACCAGAAUCCUUGGCUUUGCUUCCACCUUUUAGUUCUAUCACCUUCAAUGCAGAAGAAUCAAGUGGACAAAAGCCUGAAGUUGCAAAAACUGGAUUGGGAUCAUCUGCAGCUAUGACAACUGCAGUUGUUGCGAGUUUGCUCCAUUACCUUGGAGUUGUUGACCUUUCUUCCGGAAAGAAAGUUGAUGCAGAUCUUGAUAUUGUGCACAUGAUAGCUCAAACAGCUCACUGCAUUGCACAGGGAAAAGUGGGUAGUGGAUUUGAUGUGAGUUCUGCAGUUUAUGGCAGCCAACGCUAUGUUCGGUUCUCACCAGAAGUGCUUUCUUCUGCUCAGGGUGCAGUUAAAGGAAUACCUCUGGAAGAAGUCAUAUCUGAUGUCCUUCAAGCCAAGUGGGACCAUGAGAGGAAAAAGUUUUCUUUGCCUCCAUCAAUGACUCUUUUACUGGGAGAACCAGGAACUGGAGGAUCAUCAACACCAUCAAUGGUAGGUGCUGUAAAGAAGUGGCAGAAGUCUGACCCUCAAAAUUCUCUAGAAACAUGGAGGAAGUUGUCAGAAGCAAACUCUGCACUUGAAUUGCAUCUGAAUGCCUUGAGUGGAUUGGCUGAAAAACAUAGUGAUGCGUAAAAUGUCAUCAACAGGUGCAGUGUGCUUACCUCAGAAAAGUGGGUAGGAGGAGAAGAUGAAUCAAGCCAAGCAGUUAUAGAAGCAUUAUUAGGAGCUAGAAAUUCCAUGCUUGGUAUCAGAAACCACAUGCGGAAGAUGGGUGAGGCAGCUGGAAUCCCAAUAGAACCUGAAUCACAAAGUGAGCUUUUAGAUGCCACGAUGAAUAUGGAGGGAGUUUUGCUGGGUGUCCCUGGCGCAGGCGGGUUCGAUGCUGUGUUUGCUGUUACCUUAGGAGCUUCAAGUGACAAUGUCAUCAGAGCUUGGAGCUCUCGCAAUGUUCUUGCCUUGCUAGUGAGAGAAGAUCCUAAUGGUGUUUCUAUAGAGAACAAUGAUCCACGAGCAAAGGAAAUCACAACUGCUGUUUCUUCAAUUAGGAUUGAAUAAACCUAGAUCACAAAUUAUGUGAAAGUGAACAAUCACCCCCAAUAUUUUAGCAGCAUAUAUAAUUUGCAAGCAGGUAACUUUCUACUGAGUUCUUUUCCAAAGCUGUAAUAGCUUUGAGACAAUAAACACCUAAUUAUAUACCUGUGGGGUCUCAUAUGUUGUAACAAAUAGGUUUAACUCUCAUCGUGAUUACUAAUGCUCUUGUUAGGCUGAUGAGUUUAUCCAAAUUUGGGCGUCUUUGGAGGCACAGAUGCCUUCUGCCACCCAUGUGAAAGAAACAGAUAAAAUAACAUUGUCAAUUGUUCUGUCAUUGACGGCGCUUGCUGCUGCUAGUUAUCAGAUUUAUAAACUCAAUAUUGAUUACGUCUCAAGUACUAUA